AUGCCAACCGACACCAUAACCCUAAUUAUUUCUCCCUACCAUGUCGGCCUCCGCGAUCACCGCGUAGGCAACGGCCCCCACCGCAUCCAAUCACUCGGCCUAAUUCCUACCCUUGAAGAACAGGGCCUCCAAAUCCGCAUCCAUGAAAUCCCCAGCGUGGAAAACUUCGAAGGCGAGAUCGGACGAAGCUUUGAAAUCCUCCGCCGGAUUUCGGUCGCCGUCACGGAAGCCGUGGACAGCAACACCUUUCCGUUGAUUCUGGCGGGAAAUUGCAUGUCCAGCGCGGCUGUGGCUUGCGGCUUGAAGAUUCAGGAUCUAUCUUUCAUAUACUUCGAUGCCCAUGAUGACCUGGACUCGCCAGAUGUCAAUGAAAAUGGGUAUUUCGAUGCGAUGGGCCUGUCGAUGCUACGUGGCGAAUCGUGGAAGACGUUAAUGGGGACCGUGCCGAAUUACAAGCCGUUUAGUUACGAUGGCAGGUUUCUUUACUGUGGACUGCGGGACCAGUCUGAUGUACAGCGGCAGCGGGUCAUUGAUGCCGGUAUGAAGGCUGUUUGGGGUGAGACGUCGAGGAAGGUUGAUUUUGCGGGUGAGUUGAAGACGCAGUUGGAGGAGAGGUCGUAUGGGUCUGCUCUCGUGCAUCUAGAUCUAGAUGUGCUGGAUGAGUCUUACGGGAAAGUCAAUGAUUAUCCGUCGCCGGGAGGUUUGACGGAGGAGGAUUUGGUAGCUUGUAUGGAUCUGGUGCCGAGAUCAUCUGAGCCCAGGUCUUUGACGGUGUGUUCAUUUGAUCCGGAUGCUGGGGAUGGGGAUAAGAUUGCUAGGAUUGGGAUUCGGGCGAUUAGAGCUUUUGUGGAGGCAUUGUUAGAGACGGGAGUUCUGGGUAGGGAUUAA